AUGUACUUCUCCACGACCAUUGCCGGCGUCAUCGCCUUCACAGCUGCUGCCUUCGCCACUGCGAUCGAGGACCGCGACUCCUGCGUUUCCCAAUGGGAGGCUGAGCAGGUCGUGAACAAGAUCAUCUCCGUCUUCGGCCAUCAAGCCGGUGCCAGCCAGACUGCCAACGCUCGGCUCGCCGAGAACUUCAUCACCGGCGACGGCGCCACCGCGAACAAGCAGCAAUGGAGUGCCGGGAUCCUGGGCGAGCCUCCAACCGUGGAUAUCGAUACCCUCUUCGUUGGCGUUACGGGCUGCAACAAGACUGUUUGGUACUGGCAGUUCAAUCAAGUCGCUCGUGCCAUCUAUCGUGUGCGGGGCUUCAACUUGUUUCACGUUGAACAGGCAGUGCCAGAUUUCCGAGCUGGAUCUGGAGUUUAA